AUGUUCGUGGGUCGACGAACCGCGGCUGAGGCCGGUUUCUUUCUCGAGUUUGAAGGCCUACUCCUCUUUGCUAACACCUUCUCCGACAUCCUCGCCCAGCUCUGCCCAGGCAUCCAGAGGCGUAUGGGCGACAUUACCUACGGUGCAUGCUAUAUUGAUGAUUACACGGAGCGGGCCCUUGGUUACGAUCUACUCGUCCCUUAUUCUCAUGACUGCCUCAUCCCUGUCGAAGUGACUAAGACCAAAGUUCUCUACGUCUUUGUCGAUAUCGGUAUCAACGCUUCACAUCUUCUCGCGUCCCUGGAGCGCAACUUUUCCAGCAGCAAUCAAUGUUGCGUCUGGGUCAGGAAUCGCGACGUUCUGGGUCCUCGCUCAUGGCUGUCGCUAUCGGGCAUCCAAGGAGCAGGUGGAAAGACAUCGCAUGUGACAGUACUGGUUUCUAGCUGUGGCAUAGCUUAG